UGCAAUGCGCCCGAAAAAAAUGCUGUCUGGGAAGUUGAUAGCUAAUUAGAACAGAUAGUUAUAUUAUUUGAAAAUGGGAAGAUUCAACGGCACUUGUAUUAUAUACUCCGGGGUAAAUAAAAACAUCUUGAAUAAACUCGGUAGGUGAUAAUUCCAGCGAAAGGGAUAAAUUAUAAAUUCGUACGAACGGACUGAUAUGAUAGAAAGGUGUUGUACGGAAUUGUUUGAACACAGAUUUUGCUUAUACACACGAAUUUCGAUCAUCUGUGCUGUAUGUAAAAAUAGCACUCACAGACCUUGAGGAAAGUUAAAUGAGAGGAGAUAAUUAAUUUUAAGAGCUGUGUAAGUGUUUGGGGGUGACGUUAAGUUACGACAGCCAUAUCGACUGACCUUACAACUAACCUUGAGAAACUGUGCACUCAGUCGCACACGAUAUGUAGCUAGCUUCAUAGGAACAGUUAAAUUAGUAAAUUCACGUGAAAAAGGAGAAUUUGGCAGUUUGUCUCUGUUUAUCAUGAAUUAAUUAUUCGUUAUCUAAAUAAAGAAUUUAAUCUAGUCGACGUCAUUUUAGAACAACAUAUUUAAGCGAACAUUAGUUUUUUCAAUUAGAUCUUAUCAGGCUUAACUCUAAUAUACAUAACUUUACGUAUAAAAUUCAGAUAUAAACCAAUCAUGGUGAAUAUAAAUUGUGCAAUUAGUCAUAAUAGUAAUAAUAAUAGUAGUUUUAUCAAUAAUAAGGAUGAAAAAGUGAGGCAGUCUGUGAUAACACGAAUAACGAAAAACAGCAUGAUUAAAGAAACAAAUGUUCAGGGAGAAGCAGUUGAUAAAGGCUAAGAAAAACAAAUGAGCCGAUUAAGGAAUGCUAGAUUGCAAGGGAAGUAAAUGAAACACGUUUUUAAUGAAGAUGUGAUAACAUUAAGGGAUGAUAAAAGAGGGGAUGAAAAUAUAAGCAAGGGGUGGUGUAGAAGUCAUCAGUUGAUUGUGUCUUUAUAGGCCAAGAGAGGGAUAUUGGCUUUACGAACUUCUUUUGAAUGCAUAGUUUAGGUUCAAUAGUUCAAAUGCUUAUCACUUCAGCUGUGUGCAGUAGACAAAUACGAAGUCUGUUAGAAACAUUCGGUGAAUUUCUUUGAAAGCUCUCGUUUUCUCCACUACAUGACCACUAUCAACUAAAUAUGACAAAAUUGAGCUAUGGAUUGUUUUUGGGUCCUUGCCAAACCACGGCGGGAGAUGUUCAAUAACCCUUUGCCUAAGCUGUUUAGUAGUACGCCCAAUAUAACUGUCACCGCAGAUGCAGUUGAAUUGAUAAGUGCACAUAUAUGUGACGAAACUAUCUAGUUUGUCCUUCGUUUGCGUCCCAAUCAUUUGUCGGCUAGAGAAUGACAAACAUAGGUAUGCUGCGUAAAACAAUAUUGUUCACCUACACGCCAUUUUAGCCUAACUUCUUUAAAAGUUGUGUAGGCUGCCCUCAUGGGUUGUGAUACAAUCUCCAUUGAACCUCAGUCGUAGGAACACAUUUUUUUCGGAACAGUAAGCUAUCUGGAUUCUAUGCCUGCUGAAUCCAUGUCUUCAUUUAAAAAUCCUGUAGUAUAUCUGUUUCGACCUAACAGAUCACAAAUAUUACCGGGUUCUUCGGCCAAACUGAUAAUUCUUGCACAGUGAACUAAUCAUCUAACCAGAUUUGCUUGCAUUGUUGAUGGAUUCUCGAUGUGUACAUGUACUGAUUAUUCCACGUGCUUGUUUUGCUAUUAGAAAAGUGCCAGACGAGAUGGAGCCUUAUCAUUCCUUUCUCGUAAAACUUGCAGUUGGAUGAAUUUCGCUAAAUUUCCACAGUAAACGCUUCUCUCCAAUUUCCUUAAAAUUACCAUCCACAUAACGGUAAUAGAAAUCCAUGUCAUUUAUAAUACUUUCUGAGGGCCUUUCUCUAGUAAAAUGUCAGAUGGGAUCGAAACCAUUUGCGGUCCCUAUACAACAUCUACUGUCAAUAUAUCUUUUUUUACUGAGUAGAAAAGGUGCUUUUAGAGUACAUUUAAAAAAAGCUGCUUCAAUGACGACAAGAAUAUUUGUCUCUAUACCUUCUGUCAAUUCAUUAAAUUUUUAAUCUGCUGUCUCCAUCAUAGGCACCUUGGUAAAUAAAGAAGUUACAUUCAGAGUUUAAAUCCCAUCACAACGGGGUUCCUACGUCUUACUACUCUUUCAACUUUUGUCAAUGCAUGUGGGGUAGCUUUUGGGCAAGGACUACCUUAAGAGUGCGAUUUAAUCUAGUCUCACGUGAGGUGCAUAUAAAGUAGUCACUCGUUCUGCAGCAAGAGGAGUCAAAAAAUGGCUCAUAUGGAACUUAUACCUAAAUUUCCACUGCUAGUGGCUCUACGUCGCAUAUCCACUUAUGAAAACAGACUUCACAGAACCACACCAUUGAUACCAGUUGUUUCACGUUGUGCUUCAGUGUUUUCCUCCUUCCGAUCAAAGUUCGGACAACAAUCAGAAAAGGAAAAGCCUGAUGGUUGUGAAUGGGUAGACGCAGUUCAAGAAAUCGAGAAAUCAGAGGUGUUAAAGUUAAAACGAUCUGACGUCAGUAUGGGCAGAACAGAACUUCGGGAGUGGAAAAAACGAGCAUUUUUGCAUAUUUUGGAAGUGUUUAUCCAACGGUCGGGACCCACAAGAAAAGGUUUCAGUGCAUUUAUUCAACAGGCACUGGCUAAAAUGCCUGAAUAUGAAGUAGCUGAUGAUUUAGAGUGUUAUAAAGCUGUUAUCCGAAUAUUUCCUACUGGGCGUAUGACUGUCACACGUUAUCUUCAAGCUGAGUUUGGCCACUAUCCAAGACAACAGCAAAGAAUGAUUGAUGUACUAAAUCAAAUGACAGAUAAUCAUGUCCUUCCAGAUGAUGAAGUCGGCCAAAUGAUUAUCGACGUCUUUGGUUGGCGUAAUCAUGCUAUGCAACGUUAUCGUCGUAUUAUGUAUUGGAUGCCUAAAUUAUAUUACAGUAAUCCGUGGACUGUACCAUUUCGGAUUAUCGAUGAUCUUGAUCAAAAUCCAAUCAAGCUGGGUUAUUUAAUUGCUGAAAGGAUUUGUCCUGAUCGUAUGACGGAAUUCACUGUUGUGCGGAUGCCCACAGCAUCUUCGUCGCACUCAUCUAUACCUACCGCAGAAGAACCAGAUUCAAUGAUCAGUGCACAGAGUCCCGAGCAACGUGCACUACUAGCGUACUGCACUAAACAGAAAAGUAAUGAUCGUAAACCAACUAUUUAUUUAGAUGGGCCUCAUAAUGUGUGGUAUCGAAAUUUACAGGCCGCUUAUUAUACAUUAUGGACAGAAAUCAGUGCUGAUCGUUUGAAAAGAGAAGCCGAUGCCGUCAAAAUCAAUCAAGUGUCGAAGUUUAGCGCAACAGAGCCUUGGAAUCUUAAAUUUCUUAAAUAUUCAAAAAGCAGUCAUAAUCUAGUGUUGAAUGAUACAGACACAAAUGGCACCAGUCAGUCACUUCUACCUCACAUAAGUCUCUUACCGAUUGCGAAUCCAGUUGGCACUGAAGUACGUCUUUCGAAUAGUGAUGUCAGCACAAAGUAUAUAGCUAUGUCUGAGCCAGAAUAUGACAACCGUUGGUUAACCAUUCGCCAGAGCCAUACGUAUAAAUAUUUACCCGACAAUCUAUGUCAACAUGAACAAGGUGAAGGUACAAUUCUUGCUGUUGGUAUUGUUGUCCCAACGCCAGAUGCUUUAGAUAAUCAAAAGAAGUUAUACGAUUGGGAGGUUUCCAAUAAUAUUGAUCAUAUAGAGUCUAAAGAUUCUAUUAAUCGACAGAGGCAUCAUGAAAGAUCUUCUUUACCACCAGUUCCAAAACCCGCACCGUCUGCAUUAUUACGUCUUUGGUUAAAUGAAUUGCAUUCAAAGAAUCCUUGUUUCGAUGAGGCUACAUUAGUCAUACGAGUCCCGACGAUUAUUGACAAGCAAAGUAACUUUAAUGUGGAUAAUAAUAUCAGCAAUCACGAUGAUCUACAUUCUGUAGAUAAAGAAAAUGAUUCGAUGAUGCAUAAGUCCUAUAACUAAUGAAAUUGAUUCACUGUUAUUUGUAUUCAGAAAUUGUACAUAUCUCCUUAUAAAAUCUCAACUUUUUUUCCUUUGGAGUGUCUUUUUAUACUAAAAUUUAAUGUAAUAUUCGCUUUCCGGACUUCAGUUGUCCAAAUUAUUAAGGUAUUUUCAAUGUAAAUGUCAAGCGAUAAGGUAAAUAGUAAUUAUUAUAAUCUUAUUAAUGAUGUGCUGAUUAACUACAGGUUUCAAAAUUAUAUUUAACACCACGACAAACCCUUCAGCUAAGUGGUGGAACAUAUUUUUCUUGUCAUCAAUAGUUGAAAAGAAAAGUUUCAUAUCUUGACCCCAAGAACGUUUAGCAGCAAAGUGUACAAAUGAGCUGUCAUUUCCUAUACACAUAAGACGCGUCAAACUACUGAACUUUAGCAGAAUAUCUAACUUCUUUCAAAACAGCUUAAACUAAUAAAGAUUAAUAAAUAAGAAUGGAUAUAUAUCACUAACUAAUAAUACUUGGUCAAAGUUUCCGACUGUCUAUAUCUACUUAUGGAGACGUUAAGACAUUGUUUUACAAGUGUUUAUCCGCACACACACACACACUGUGUUUAAAGUGUUUAACAAAGGUAGACCAAUAUUUGUAAGUCCAAGGUCAAAUUUUGAUCACAACUCGUACAAUUUUGCUUAUUAUACUUGUUAAAACUUGUUUUAUGACUCAUGAUUGGACAAAGUUUUUAAAAACAAGAGAUGUUCCUUUUAUAUAUAAACCUCUGUUAUGUUAGUUUCGAUUAAUUUCCCUGAAGAAGUUCGGACCAGACUACCGAACGAAACGUUGGGAUUACUCAUUUCAAUCUCGCUGAGAUUUCACAAAUAUAAUUU